UUUUGAUCGACAAGCUGAGGAGAACCUGCACAGCUACAAGUUCCACUGAGCAUAAAUAUCCGACCCAGCAAGUAGUGGGUACCCCUCACUUUUCAUCAUGGGCACAUGUUUUUCUACCACAUCCUUCGUUCAUCCUACCGCUUCUUCCUUCAGCUCCAACAGCAUUGAUGGUGAUGCUCGAUCCCUUUCUCUUAAUCUCAUCGUACCUCCAAGUUUCUCGUUUCCCCCCAGAAAUGGCGAUUCGACCCGUCCUGCUCCAUCCUCGCCCAAGACAGAGGGUUCGCCUAGUGAUGCGGACCUAGUCAGGGCUGAGGACCUUUCACCCAUGGGUGUAUCAGUUGCUGAAGGACAGCUCACUACCACCCAUGACCGUGAUCCUACAGCCGCAUCCAUGAGGUCGUUCGAUUUGCUGGCUCCCAUACCUUCAUGUCCCUUCGCGACUUACUACUCUGCGGACGUCUUCCUUCACAACCUGAAGGGAAGUCCACAUGCACAAGAGGUCAAACUUGUCACUGUCAAGCGCUUCGUAGAGAAAAAUUCUGUACGGCAUCGGUGUCUAGUACUACUGCUUACUCGAGAUGGGAUCCCGGACUUUGGCCUUCGCGUGGACCGUCGUCGAGAUCAUACUCUUUCGUUGCUUCGAUUCGUUCUGCGCUAUGGAAAUUCCGAUGCAACAGAUACGGUGACCAUAUCUCGGGAUACCCAUCUGCUCUCCGACCCGAGAUCAAAGGAGGAAGCAACAUUAGAGCUGCCACUACAGGUCUCACUCUUUGACUUUAUGAGGAUCCUUGAGGUUGUGUUGGACGAAUGUGGUUCAUAUAGUCUAUUCGGGGAAAACUGUUGGUUUGUUACCUCGAUUCUUGAAGAGAUAUUGGUAAAUAUGUUUGGUGCUCGCUACGCAACAGGCAAAGCGACCCAUCCGCAUCUCGGUGGAAAAACGCGUACUAGAAUUUGGAACAGGCUUGGGCUUGGGGAGAAUGUCUAGCUAAGGACAGGACUUGUUCAAUAACUGUGUCUACCUGUAUCUAGAGGAUUUCCGGCUAGACUCGCAUCUUAAAAAAACCGAAUUAGGCUACUUC